GUAUUGCCAGAUUGCAAAUCUAGCCCAGUCGCGGUUUAUCAGCCGAGCUGUAACGAAAAAGAGAGCGGAGGUGCAUGCUUCCAAGUAACUGCAGUGCCUCCUCCGUUCACCUUAAAUUUAAUCGUGGUAUCCGUCCUUUAUCCUUUGCAACGUAUUCAUUUCAAACAAAAAAAAGUACAAAACGAGUUGUAUAAAAUUACGCAUUCAAGUGUCGUCGUCGGAUUUCCACUCUACACUUUAUCGAUUAACUACUCGAGCCCCCUAAGCCAAAGGAUCGUGGAAUUGAAAAGGGUUAAAACUUGAAACACUGGAACCAGGAAGAUGGCGGACAGAUUGUACUACCCCAAUCCUGAAAUCGCGAAAAAUGCGCACUGCAGCAGCAUGGAACAAUACAGAAAUAUGCAUGAAAAGUCUGUGAAGAAUCCGACAGAAUUCUGGAGCGAAAUUGCAAAACAGUUUUAUUGGGAAACUCCGGCAGUGGAUGAUAAAUUCUUUUCAUAUAAUUUCGACUUGAGCAAGGGAGAUAUUUUCAUAAAAUGGAUGGAGGGUGCGUCAACGAACAUCAGCUUCAACCUAUUGGACAAAAAUGUGAAGAGUGGAAACGGCGACAAGAUUGCGUUUUAUUGGGAGGGCAACGACCCGGACGAUUAUUCACGUCUGACGUACAGAAAACUAUUGGAGGAAGUAUGCAGGUUUGCAAAUGUCUUAAAAUCCAAAGGAGUGACGAAGGGAGAUCGUGUUGCUAUUUACAUGCCUAUGAUCCUGGAACUGCCUAUUGCCAUGCUCGCGUGUACCAGAAUCGGCGCUGUUCACAGCGUAGUGUUUGGAGGGUACUCAUCGGACGCGCUGGCGGAGCGUAUCAUGGAUUCAAAAGCGAAAAUUCUGAUUACGACUGACGGUGUGUGGAGGGGCGAGAAGCUUAUAUCUUUGAAGACUAUCUGUGACGAUGCUUUGAAGAAAGUUAAAAAGUAUACCCACGUGGUUGAGUGUUGUAUAGUAGUUGCACAUUUGAGAAGACUGAAUAAUCCACACGGUGCCAAGCUACAUUCAACAGAAAAAACGAAUGGAGUGAACGGUACGAGCGAUGGAAAUGAUUCUAACAUCCCACAAAUUCCAUGGGACGAUAACCGCGAUUGUUGGUGGCACGAUGAAGUGGAAGAUGCUGAAAACAAGUGUUAUCCAGUUUGGAUGAAUGCGGAAGAUCCACUUUUUAUUUUAUACACAAGUGGUUCCACGGGGAAACCAAAAGGCGUUCUACAUACCACGGCCGGAUACUUGAUCUAUGCAGCCACGACGUUUAAGUAUGUGUUUGAUUAUCACCCUGGUGACGUGUACUGGUGUACAGCUGACGUUGGUUGGAUCACUGGUCAUACUUACGUCGUGUAUGGUCCGUUAGCAAAUGGAGCUACUUCUAUUAUUUUUGAAGGGACACCGUUUUAUCCAGGAAAUGAUCGAUACUGGGCAGUCAUCGAUAAAUAUAAAGUCACGCAAUUUUAUACUGCGCCAACAGCAAUUAGAUCGCUAAUGAAGUUUGGAGAUGAUUUGGUAAAGAAACAUAAUUUGUCUACUUUAAAGGUUUUGGGUUCGGUUGGAGAGCCAAUAAAUUCUGAAGCAUGGCUGUGGUUUUAUAAUUUUGUGGGUCAUGGAAAAUGCAGUAUAUCAGACACGUUUUGGCAAACGGAAACUGGUGGCCACGUGAUCACUCCUCUUCCUGGUGCUACUCCAAUGAAACCAGGUUCUGCAACGUUCCCAUUCUUUGGCGUUUUGCCAGAAAUUCUGGACGAAGACGGACGAUUAAUCGAAGGCGAAGGCGAGGGAUAUCUAGUUUUUCGCCAACCUUGGCCAGGAAUGAUGAGGUCUCUCCAUGGAAAUCAUCAACGUUUCCAAAGCACAUAUUUCGAUAAAUUUCAUGGAUAUUAUUGCACGGGAGAUGGUGCUAGACGUGAUGCGGAUGGUUAUUUUUGGAUAACUGGUCGUAUUGAUGAUAUGUUAAAUGUGUCUGGUCAUCUUAUGUCUACAGCAGAAGUAGAAGGUGUAUUGACUGAACAUCCUUCUGUAGCUGAAUCUGCGGUAGUUAGUAAGCCACAUUCUGUCAAAGGACAAUGCCUUCAUUGUUUCGUUACACCCAACGAAGGUGCCAAAUUUGACAAAAAGCUUCAAGAUGAGCUUAAAAAGAGAGUGCGCGAGCGAAUCGGCCCCUUCGCUCAACCAGAUGUGAUUCAACACGCGCCAGGACUGCCAAAAACACGGUCGGGCAAGAUUAUGAGACGUAUACUUAGAAAAAUCGCAGCAGGGGAUAGAAACGUCGGUGAUAUAUCAACAUUAGCCGAUGAAAGCAUCGUCGAUGUCCUUUUUCAAUUGAGACCGCAGGUUUAAACAAAUGUCGACGAUAUAGCGUCAUUCAAUGGAAACGUAGUAGCUUAGAAAUGAAUGAUAACGACACGCUUCCGAUGACCGAUAAAUAAGUAAGACUUUCGAGUUAUUGAAUAUACUGAAAAGAAUAACGCGAGAAGUUAAUUUUAGAAUGCAGGGGAAUAUGUAACUUGUCGAAAUAUAGAGAGAAUAACUUUUGUUAAUAGAGAAAGAUCAGUCCCUGUAGUCAUAUUUUAAGAAUGAAAUUUUUAUUUUAUACGUCAGAAUCCCGUUCGUUAAUAAUUAUUAUUCACGUCACUAUUUAUGAAUUAUUUCAUAGACGUUUAUUACGCAAUAAUUGUUACUGCUUUCAGCCGAAUAUCGCCGGCGCAGUAUCUCUAACAGAAGUGCUUGAAAAAAAUAUUUCAUAAGCUACUUUGCUUCUGUAUUAUUUAGAAAUGAGAAAUUUAUCGAAACGGUUUUAUGAUCAUCUUAAAAUAUGAUUGUACAAUAUGAAGGUACUAAAAAUGUUAUAUAACUAAGGAACAAGACGAUUAUUAAAAAUGUUUCAGAAUCUUAUUCAUCUACGAUUUAUCAGAAAUCGAUUAUAAAUAUAUUAACCGUUGCGCAUCGAUUGAUUUCAUACUCGGCAAUAUUUUAUGUGUCGGGUUUACAUUAGAAUUAGGGUUAGGGGCGUGAAACAAAUCUUCAUUUGGAUUACACAUUGUCGUUAUGCAAUAGAGAAGACAUUGACUAGUGCAAAUACGAUUAUUACAGAACUUGACAAAUAACCGUGGUACUUAGAUACUCGGGAAGCUAAUGACAAUGAUCCUAGAUUCAAUAACGAAUCCGCGGUCAACGGGAUGAUAGAUGUACGUGCUCACAAAUCUAAGUCGCACUCUUUGUUAAUAAAACGCGUAAUAUUCACUGAUCGUAAGGCGUUACUCUUUUCGUCGAGGGGAUCGCAAGAAGGAAUAAUGGCUUCCGGGAUUUCCCGUCCCGAUGAUGCCACAGAGGAAAACUAUGAUGGGGUGUGUCUAAGGACACGAGAUAAUCGGAUUCAAUUUGGGACAAAGACUGCUUGUCCGUUUGAAGAACCUUAAUUAACAAAAUCCUAAGAUUUCUAGCAGCUAGAAAGCUGUCCUCAAGUCCUCAAGCUAGCUGAACUUGUGUUGUGUAGGUGCAUCGACAUCUGGUAAUCAUUUUGCCCGAAGGAACCGUUAGAAUGUUUACUGUCGAGUACCUCUACGGGUAUUUCUUUUAAUGAAGGCUAUAUUAUUACUCCAUACCUUUGUUAGGCGGAGCGUUCGUCCCAUUGACCGCGGCUACGUUCGGCGACUGAUGGUCACUACGAGCCCAAGCUUAUUGUCACAAAUCGCAAAUAAGUACAAUUGGGUAGAAUGACGGCAAAUUGUUUAAUUACAGCUGUAAACUUUAAUUACAAUUUUACGGAUUUUCCCGAAGAUCCAGAGGGAAGGCUCCGGUGUUCUUUCAUCUCCGACAUAUGAAUAUAAGAGAAUAUCAAAAUUCGAAAGAUUUACAACAAAUGUUUGUCACUGUUGAAAAUUUUUAUAAUGUGCAUUCUAAUGGUGUGCAUAUUUAAACGAUUUGUCUACAUUAAAUAUGAAAGUAUCAAAAAAAUUAAUUGUAAUUACAAUAUCGUAUGUACAUUAUUGUACAUGUAUGUAUUUGAAUGCUAAUACCAGAUUAUGUUAUCAUGGUAUAAUUUUAGGAACCUGUUACGAUAUAUAAAUUCCGAUCGUUUUUAUUUAAAAAUGUAACUGAUCGUAAAUUUUUGGAUCUCAUCAAGUCGUAUUUUACUUUCGUUUAACUUGUCCAUUAAGUUGUUGAGUCUUAGAUGACUUGCGAUAAGAAAAACGCUCAUGAAAAUCCUAACUGAGUCUUGUUAGCGUUAUGAAGGAUACUUAUCAACAACUGAAAGUACGAAUACGGUUACGAAAUUACUGCAGUCCACCUCGUAUGUAAAGAAACGCUGUAAAAAUAUUCGCAUGCCCAUUAGCUAUAGCGUAAGAUCUUUUGCCCAUAAUUCUCUAUUUUCUUUAGGUAUAUAAGAAUAAUAAGUUAUCAAAAAACAGAAGGAAGAUUAUAAAAAUACAUAGAAAGAAAUUAUUUAAUUUUAGCAAACUAUUUGUUUUUUACAAUGAUUUUCCGUUCCUAUAAGGAGGAACAGAAGACGUGAGACCUAAGUAUACGCACCAUCAUUAACGCACUUUGCGAAAGGAAGUUGGCAUUUUCGGUAAUUUUUUAGAAGGCUGGUUUUAUAAUUGUUAUACUAUACGUAAGGUGAGUCAAACGGAACGUUGCCUCGUGUCUCCUAAUGGGGGCACGUCACAUACAUAUCAUUCCUUGCGGAACAAAUUAACUAUAGGUGUGAUAACGAUAUAUAUAUUGCAAAGUAUAUAUGUAUACUAUAUGGAAUAAUUGCAAAAGACAACUAUAUAUGUAAAUAUAUCUAUGUUGAAGAACAUAAUUAUUAUUGAUCUGUUAAGCGAAA